CACAUACAUACACGGCUAGCAGGCUAGGAUGGCACCUCCCUAGGCGGACCAUACACGAAAUAUCAAGUGAAGGUCUGAAGUUUGUCCUUGAUCCGAAAGCGUUUAGUCGUAAUUCCAAAUCGUUUACACUAACUGCCAACUUUGGAAAACCGGAGCUUUAGUAAAAGGCGUAGUGUAAUUACAUAGUAGUCGGUGCACGCCAAGACAAUCUCCAUGACGGAGCUGGAGGGACCCGUGCUUCAAACAAAGUUCAGUGGAAAAUGAAGGAGGAGAGGGAGAACGAGCGCAGCGUUGGCAAAUUCCAAAGCUUCAUAAGAUCGAGUCGCAACAUUUCAGUGAGGAUUCGCGGCAAUCGUAAGGAAGGCGAAGAGGGGCAGGCUGGUGACGAACCACUCAGCGCUAAAUCUGUGAAGAGACCAGAGGACCCCCUCCCCUCACCCUCAUCCUCGCCCUCCUCAGCAGCAGCCGCUGCUGCCGCUGCUGCUGCUGCUGCUGCUGACCGGCUGACAAAGCCCAUGCAACGACACGACUCCCGGGCCCUUGGCCCCGCUGUCACAGCAACAGCAGCAACACCACCACCAUCACAUGCAGCAGCAGCAGCAGCAGCAAGAGGAGACCGCAGGUCACGUGACGGUGACAACGAGGCAACGGCCGCUGCCAACUCAGCAAUGUACGACAACAGCAACAGCGGGGGACCCGCACCACUGCCUUACCAACAACAACAUCAGCAGCAGCAGCAACAGCAGCCCGCCACAAGCGGGGCGGCAGCU